UGAUGCGAUAUUUAUUCGUCCUUGAGACACCAAUAUGCGACGACACAAGCACACUGUCUCACCCCCUCCGGCGCUAGUUGAUCCUAUCGGAGAAGACCCAGGGGGUUCCGGAUAUGGACUCCGACCAUUACGGCCGGUCGCUGAACAGAGAGCAUCCUCCGUCCCUCUGGACUGGUCCUUGUUUAGCCCUAG